AUCUGUGCGCUGCAGAAAAAUUUAAAACAAGGACCCGACCACAAAUGGCAACUUUAUCUGCCUAAAACUGCGUGCGGAAUUUCACUCUUCCAUCUCAUUCACUUCUCAACUCGAUCACGGAGAAGUUACACAGACGCGAGGAAUCGCCAUGGCGACGCAGAAGCUUGGGCGCGUACCCAGCAUCCGCGAGAGGGUAGAGGAUACCCUCUCGGCCCACCGCAACGAUCUCGUCUCUCUGCUCUCCAGGUAUGUCAACCAGGGAAAGUGCAUCCUACAGCCCCAUGACCUCUUGGAUGGUCUCUCGGCAGUUGUCGCCGACGACAAGAAGCUUGCAGAGGGCUCCUUCUUCGAGAUUCUGAAGUCUGCUCAGGAGGGAAUUGUGCUGCCUCCAUUCGUGGCCAUUGCCAUACGCCCGCGACCAGGCGUGUGGGAGUACGUUCGAGUGAACGUCCACGAACUCAUCGUGGAGCAGCUUGAAGUUUCAGAGUACCUUCAGUUCAAGGAAAAGCUUGUUGAUGAACAUUAUUCUAAUGAUAAUUAUGCUUUGGAGCUGGACUUUGAGCCCUUCAAUGCUGAUUUUCCUCGCCCGAAUAGAUCUUCUUCCAUAGGAAAUGGGGUUCAGUUCCUCAAUCGGCACCUUUCUUCAGUCAUGUUUCGAAACAGGGAAAGCUUAGAACCUUUGCUGAACUUUCUGAGAGCCCACAAAUAUAAGGGCCAUAUGAUGAUGCUGAAUGAUAGGAUACAAAGCUUAUCAAGACUCCAGUCCACCCUAUCCAAAGCUGAAGAUUAUCUGUCUAAGAGCGACCCAAACACGCCAUUCUCUGAAAUCGCUCACAGGUUCCAAGAGAUGGGAUUGGAAAAAGGUUGGGGUGACACAGUUGGGCGUGCACUUGAGAUGAUCCACCUUCUUUUGGAUAUACUUCAGGCUCCUGAUCCAGCAUCCCUUGAGAAGUUUCUGGGGAGAAUACCAAUGGUUUUCAAUGUCGUAAUUCUUUCACCACAUGGCUAUUUUGGCCAGGCUAGUGUUCUAGGACUACCUGAUACUGGAGGACAGGUUGUCUAUAUUUUGGAUCAAGUUCGUGCUCUUGAGAGUGAAAUGCUUUUGAGGAUAAAAAACCAGGGGUUAAAUGUUGAUCCACGAAUUCUUAUAAUUACAAGGUUGAUACCAGAAGCAAAAGGAACAACCUGCAACCAACGACUGGAGCGAGUUACAGGAACAAAGCAUUCUCACAUUUUGAGGAUUCCUUUUAGAAAUAAAAAUGGAAUUCUCAGAAAAUGGAUUUCAAGGUUUGAUGUGUGGCCUUACUUGGAGACAUUCGCUGAGGAUACUGCAAGUGAAAUUGCAGCAGAAUUGCAUGGCACUCCAGAUCUGAUCAUUGGGAACUACAGCGACGGAAACCUUGUUGCAUCCUUGCUGUCAUAUAAACUAGGAGUAACUCAGUGUACCAUCGCUCAUGCACUUGAAAAAACAAAAUAUCCAGAUUCAGACAUAUUUUGGAAAAGCUACGAGGAGAAAUACCAUUUUUCUUCCCAAUUUACUGCUGAUAUUAUUGCUAUGAACAAUGCUGACUUUAUUAUUACUAGUACCUACCAAGAGAUUGCUGGAAGCAAGAAUACAGUUGGCCAAUACGAGAGUCACACUGCUUUUACUCUUCCUGGUUUAUACCGGGUUGUCCACGGCAUUGAUGUUUUUGAUCCCAAAUUUAAUAUAGUCUCUCCGGGAGCAGAUAUGUCAAUUUAUUUUCCGUAUUCAGAAACAGAAAACAGGCUGACUUGUCUUCACGGUGCCAUUGAAAAUCUGCUGUACGGCUCUGAGCAAAAUGAUGAGCAUAUUGGUAGAUUAGAUGAUCGAUCAAAACCAAUCAUAUUCUCCAUGGCUAGACUGGACCGUGUGAAGAACUUAACAGGUCUUGUUGAAUUGUAUGGCAAGAGCAGUGAGCUAAGAGAGCUCGCCAACUUGGUUGUAAUUGGUGGCUACAAUGAUGUGAAAAAAUCUGGUGACAGAGAAGAAAUUAAAGAGAUCGAGAAGAUGCACGACCUCAUUAGUAAAUACAGCUUGGAUGGACAAUUCCGUUGGAUUUCAUCCCAGACAAACAGGGCCCGUAAUGGAGAACUUUAUCGCUACAUUGCUGAUACCAGAGGCAUAUUUGUGCAGCCUGCUUUCUAUGAAGCAUUUGGAUUGACUGUUGUUGAAGCCAUGACUUGUGGGCUUCCAACAUUUGCAACAUGCCAUGGCGGCCCCGCCGAGAUUAUUGAGCAUGGAAUAUCUGGUUUCCAUAUUGACCCAUAUCACUCAGAGCAGGCUACAACCCUCAUGAUACAAUUUUUUGAACGUUGCAAGAAAGAAUCUGGCUACUGGAAUGAAAUUUCCAAAGCAGGACUGCAGCGAAUUUAUGAAAGGUACACAUGGAAAAUUUAUUCAGAGAGGCUGAUGACGCUCGCUGGGGUUUAUGGGUUCUGGAAGUUUGUUUCCAAGCUGGAAAGGCGCGAGACACGGCGAUAUCUGGAAAUGUUCUACAUCUUAAAGUUCCGGGAGCUGGCGAAUUCUGUGCCACUCGCUGUUGAUUAACUUCUACAUUGUCAGCUUUCCGGCGAAGCUUCUUCGAUUGAGCAGAUUUUAUGACUUAUUUCAAGCGUAAUAUUCUCUGUGGAAUUUUAAUAUCGAGCUUAGAUUAUGUUUGUGUUGCAUAAGGAAUGAAAACCUUCCACUUUUAGUGGUGUACUGUUUGGGGUAAAGGCACGUAGUCCAUGUCUGGAACUAUGAUUGUUAUGUUCCUGAAAUUAUCAUCUAGGCAAGUAGCUUAGAUGCAGAGCACGCCAGGUUGGCUUGUUUUGACUAAAUCCAAUUCCUGAAUAUAAAUAAGCUUAUGGUUGCUUUUGUGGAAAA